CCUGGAAUGGUGCGGGAUAGGUCCCAUAUUAGAAGGGAACAGAAUUGUUCCAGUGUGCUUGCUCUUUGCUCGAGUCUCCGUUCUAGGAUUACAAUUUUUCAUGCUGGCUAUAUAAAACCUAGAAACUUAUACGUGAGCUCGUAAUUUCAGCAAGAAAGCUGGUUUUAGUCAAUAGAACUUGAUAAGUUACAUUCUCAUUACAAGAUGAUGCGAUUUCUGUUGGAAUUGGCGUUUUUCUCCUUACUAUUGCUAGUGUUUGCACUGGCGAAAAACGAGACCCAGGAGCAACCCUCUACACGAGUUCCGAAGACUCUUAAUCCUCCUAAGAAGAUUGAUGCACUAGAGGGAGAAAAUAUCACUUUUGCAUGCCAGGUUGAUCAUCUAGGAGAGUUUGCGUUGCUGUGGAAAAAGAACGCUGGAGGGACGAAAGAAGUUCUAUUAGUCGAGAAACAGCGUAUUACACAUGACAGUCGAAUAUCAGUGCUGGAUGAUUAUUCUUUUCAAAUCCUGGAUGUUUCAAGACACGACUCUGGAGAAUACUUGUGUGUUAUCAGCAGUAACCCACCAGUGGAACUUGUUCAUACGUUAAAUGUCAAAUAUCCACCGUCUAUAGCAGUUGAGCCUUCCAGUGGUUUAGUAAUUGUUCCAAAGGGCCAUACAAAGGUCAUCAAAUGUCACAUAGAUGGAAAUCCCUCACCAAAUAUCACUUGGCAAAGCGAGAAGGACAUUCAGCUAUUCAAUAACUCAGUUGUUACGGGAGACACUAUUACAUUUGAUCCAGUGGAUCCAUUGCAUUCUGGAGUGUACAAGUGUAAAGCCGAGAACGAGCUCGGAAUUGAUACUGGAAGUAUAACAUUGAAAGUGUUAUCAGGUCCUCCAGAAAUUCAUGUACCUAAACCGUGGGUUCAUGCUGGCCUGGAUACAACUAAAGAAAUAAAAUGUAUAGUCUACACAGAAUCUCCAGUUAAUGUUACUUGGUACAAAGAUGACACACAACUCUCAAAUUCAGGUGAUCAUGUACGAAUUGUUAGCAAUAAUAAUACAUAUAGUGUUGCUCUAAGAAAGUUAACAGAAGAAGACAUGGGAAAUUACACUUGUGUCGCCAGAAAUUCAGGUGGAGAAACUUCAGCAACGAUUGAAAUAUCAGGCUUAGCAAGUGCUGUUAAGUUUAAAAGUGAUCCUAUGGGCUACAAACCAACAAGCUAUGCUCUGAUGUGGGAGGUAGAGUCUUAUAGUCAUGUGAUUGAUUAUUUGCUUCAAUUUAAAGAAAAGAAGGUGAAUAGUACCGAUGACUGGGAAGAGGUUACCAUACCGGCAGAAAGACAACCAGGUUUGAUUCAGACACAAACUUAUGACAUCACUGGUCUGAAAGAAAACACUUUUUACGAUAUGUCGAUCCAAGUUCGCAAUAAAUUUGGUUGGAACAAGCCAACAACUUUUGCCUUCUCAACCAAACAAAAAGCUGAACCUGCCAAACCCACAGAGAAAAUACAAGAAGUUAAUGAAAACCCUCAACCUGAACCUUACCCAGAACAUGUGUCUAGUGGAACAGAUGAAAACAGAGCAACACCGACAACAGAACCACCUGAACGUGCACGAGUCCUGGGUUUACUAACUGUUAUAAUUUUGUCCUUUUUUUUCUGGUAAUCAGCUUCAUCGUGAUGAGCCGCAUUGUCUUCUUGCCUACAGAGGACUUAUGACAUAAAAAGAAAUAGGGUGGGGUAUCUUUAAUGAAAGCCUAAAAAUAAUUUUGGGUAAGAGUAUUUCAAACUUAACGAUAUUCGAAUGAAGAUUACUUAAAGUAAAACUUAUGUUUAUUUGUUUAAUAAUACUGUGAAUCAAAAGGAACAAAGGAGGAGGGAUAAUCUACAUAAAAAUAACAUGACUCAUAGGAUACACUUGUAGGGAGAAAGUUAUACCCAUUUAAGUGCAAGAUUUUGGGUAGAAGAAAGUAAUUUGUACAAGCAUCCAGAAUGAGAUUAACUCAACCAUAAAUCUAGCUUACAGGCUUUGAAAUGACUGAAAUAAAUUGCAACUUUAUGUGACCAAAAUACUGGCAACAAAAAAAACAACAAAACGGGUCAGUUCCAAACCAUUAAACAUCGAAAACACAUCCCAACUAAAGCAGAACAUCUAGUAAAGAAAUCUACUACUUGUGGGUUAUAACUUUUACAAAUAUCUGCUACUUGUAAAAGUAGGACUAGUACAGACCCCUGCUACCUGUAGAACUUUAUUAGUGCGGACAUUUAUGGCUUGUUGGGUAUGACUAGUAGAUGUCAGCUAUCACUUUUGGGGCAUGAUUAGAGUAGACACCUAUUACCUUUAUGACUAGUGCAAAUAACUGUUACCUUUAAAUGUAUAACUUAUUACUGAUAUACACUGCUUAGGACACCAUGUAACUAUGUGCUUGUUUAUAAAGGCAUUUAAUGUUAAUAGAAUAUGAAAGGUGUAUAUCUCUACUACCUGUAACACAUGACAAAUAAAGAAAUGUAGUCUUCUAAAACAAGAGAUAACAUGAAUUAUGAUGACACAGAUCUCGAGGACUUAAUAUGUACAAUCCAGAAUAUCUGUCAUAAAAUUUGAUAAAUAUGACAUACUUUUUCUUCCUAGGUCCUAAAAACUAGUGCAUUAAUUUAUAUCUCUAAAAAAUAAUCAUUUUAAUGUGGAUGCUACUUGUUUAUAUGAAUACAAAAAAUCCAAGUGGGAUUAAAUAUUUGUUCAAAAACGAAAUGAGAUGAUAUUUGUUUCCUUAUAUCUGAUCUUAUAUCAGUUAUUUGCUUAAUCUCUUGUUUUCAUUUAUUAAUCUUUCAGAUAUUCAUAUAGUUGAAAACAAUUUUUGAAAGUUAAAGUUUCAUGAACACAUUUAACAUUGAACUUGAUCUUCAUUACACCAAUCAUGUUUUAAAGGACAUUUACUCUUCCUGGAAAAGUCUACUAGAAUUGCAAGCAUAUUUAACAAUGAAGCUGAUUAUUUUGUUUUUUGGAAAAAGAAUAAAAAUAAUUUUGGGAGCAUUUCCAUUACAAUGCUCAAUUUUAUUGGGAAGGCCUGUUAACUCUGCGAGCACAUUUUACAAUGAAGCUGAUUCUCCAGCUGUACUGUUCGGCCUUAUGUUUCCUUAUGGUCUAUUGUGUCACGUUCAACCACAUCUAGUUGAUAAAUUUCAGGUAGCUUUACUUCAUGCUAUUAUUACUAUAUUUAUACGUGUCACUUAUAUCCUAUAGGAAAACAAGUAUAUCAACACUGAUAAAUUAGCUUGGAUUUUUUUGAGAGAGAAAGAAGUUUCUUUCUUGCAAAAGAGUGCCUUAAAUAUUUUGUUUUUGUUUAUAUAACACACAACAGCUACAGCAGUAGUCUGUGAAAUGUUUUACAUGACUAUAACAGCCAAACAAUAAAACAAUGAACUCCUGUUUCAAAACAUUCAAAUAACCAUAAGUUAUUUUGCUGAACUCUUCUUCUUCUCACUUUGUCUAAGUGAUCCUCUAAGUACGUUCUAAGGCUAAUAACUUUAUAUUUUGUAAUAUUUUUAUUUACAUGAACACAUUUGUAGUUUCAUUAAUUAUUCAUAAAUAACUUAAUUGGAAAUCAUUAUUCUGUCGAAUGUUAUAGUGCUUUGUAUGUACAUUUAAAGAUUGCUUUUACAAUACUAGCAAAUUGUUUAACAUUCCUGUAUUCUUCAGCUUUUCUGUUUCUAUCAGAAACAUUUUCAUUUGUUCAUGAACUGGAAUUGCUUGUCAUUUGACAAAUACAUGUUUUCCUUUUAAAUCUCCUUGUUUUAUAAAUUAUAAAUCAUCAAAUAAUUUAUGUAAAACAUAAUAAAAAAAUUACAAUUACACUUUUCAUCAUCCCUGCACUGCCAAUUUAUCAGAAACCUCUUUAUUUAUAUUCACUGCAACUCUACCUAUUUUGAAAACCUUAGGCUACAAAUAUUUAUAGUUACUUUGUCUAUCAACAAUAACUUUUCAUUUCAUAAAGAUUAAAAUAUAUAUUUUAAUGAAUUAUGUAAAAUACUUUAUUAUGACAGAUAAAAAAGGUUUUCUUUGUAAUUGAUAAAAUUUUGUUUUUACCAUCAGUGACAAAAAUGUGUUAUUGAAUAUCAAUAGAUCAUUUAUUUAGACAUAACUCUUCUUGGACUUCAUGGCACUUUUCAAAUUUAUAGCUAUCAAUUGCUUAUAAUGUUUUUAUUAAAAGAAAUAUUAAAAGGACAAGUGCAAAUGUUUAAUUUUAGUUGAUUUUUGUAUGUGAAAGAACUGGGUGUUACUCAUUUGGCCUGGCACUACUGCAGUUUUUGAUAUUAUCCCUUGCGAGUGUUUUUUGUGUGUACUUGACACUUUGUACAAAACAAUCAUUUUCUCCUUUUCUCAACUCCAUAUUUUCCUUUUGCAGUUUAUCAAAAUUUAUAUUUGUUUUAAUAGGAGUUAUUUUGCUAAUAUGCUUAAAUAGAUAAAUAGCACAGACUAUCAAACUACAAUAUAAUUGCUGGUGGCCAGUUAGUUAACUACAUCUGCAUCGUAUUUUAUACACUAGUAGACAUAUAGAAGUAUGAAGUCCAGGAAGAAUUUUAUCAUACAAUGUGGAGACUGGGAUGCAUAGUUACAUUAUGAUAAUAGAAUUUUGUGUAUUGAUUUGAUGUAGCAUAAUUAUAUGUUGUUGGUUUUUUGUUUUUUUCAAAGAGAAAUAAAUGUUUGUUAAGAACUAUAA